GUUAUGGCUGCUUCUAAUUUCAUUGAAAGGUUAUUAAUUGGGGAUUUGAACCUGUUUCUCUUGGGUUUGAAGGGCUUCCCACUCUUUACUAUACACUCCAGAAAUAUUUUUGUCUUCAUUUCAGCAGAAUAAAUUGCAGAGACGACGUUGAAGGGUUGUGAUUUCGUUGCCAAAACAGAAUACAGCUCCCGCUGGCCUAGUCCAUUGCGUUUUGUCUGAGGCCGGCUGAUCUGAUAGCGAGAAAUUUUACAAGUCCGCCCUCCUAGUCUCCCCUUGAAUGGGCCGUCGUUUAAUGAAUGAACGCAAUUUUCCCAGCAGCAGCCAGCCUGCAAUUUCGGAGAAGUGAAAGCGUCCAUGGCAGGGAAGCGGCUCAGGGGUGCACUCUUUAUUAUCGUGCUGCUGGCUGCUAAGUGUGCGAGUGCCAAGGAGAAAAACAAGCAGCUAAUUCAUUGAGAGCGGCGACUGCAGCAGUGAUUUGGGCCGGCGUGCGUCAGAGUGACGUCAGGAGCGAGUUGAGCCGGCUAGGGGUUGGGGUGUUGGUUGCUCUUGCAGGGACGCCAUGGGGUAGGGUUGGUUCGCACCCCUGCUCGCGGUCAGAUCGAUUCCUUAAUACCACACCCUUUGCCUCCCUCUGCCUGCGUGAAGUGCUGUUUUUUUUCUAUUUCACCUUUUUUUGCGUUUUGCACACUUUCCAGGAAGCGAGACCGCACAGUCGCACCGCUUUCCGAGAAAUCGAGACCUUUCUCGCAACGAGCACAUUAUAUAGCCCUGCAAAAUUUAUGGCAUGGAUCGUGCGAAUCGGUCCUGCUUAUCAAUUCCUGUGAGCAUUAGAUUUCAAUCGCACCAGCUCCAUUUCUCACUUUGUCAAUGAACGUGUUGUGAAAUAAGUUUUCUAUUCAAUGAUUAUUUCUAAUCACACAAUCUUUGAAAUUUCCUCAAAUAAAAAUUAACUAAACACACACUCAGAGCACAAAACCAGUAACAAUCCCGAAGAGUAAAUUAAUUCAAUAGAGUGAACAGACUUCAUCCUCGUUGAUACAAGUUUUAUUCUUCAAUUAGCUAUGAUAUAUAAACAUUUUCCGCGAUUUAUGCACGUCUUCCUCGAUUGAGACCAAGAGCACUUUUGAAUUUUCAGACACCAAUUUCAACGCUGAAACUAUACCUAUAGAAUAAAACUUCCUAAAGUCAUCGAGGAAAUGGAGACUGUUUUUUUUCUAUUUUCUUAAAGAGUCGGUGGGAUUUUAAUUUCUGUUAGAUUCUUUUUUAAAUUCGUCUCUGUUGACCGCGGAAUAACUUCUAUAUUUAUUUUCAGCGGUCAUUAUGGGUGAUAAACCAUUUUUCACUGUCGUGUCAUAUACUUGCUGGAAAUGUUAAUUUCUGUAGAAAAAUCUUUCGACUGCAAUUGUGUUCCUACCAACUCACAGUAAAAUUUAAUUUAUUUCAUACAUGUGUGUGAGGUGAGACGCGCCAUAUUUACAAAUACUUCAAGACCCCCCUUGGUUAUCGAUCGAUCGAUAUGUGACAUUUGAUUCGCAAAAUUUCCUGCUAGCGUUCCGUGCAUAUCUUUGAGCUGGCUAGACGACAGGCAGACUGUCAAAGACGUCAAGGUCGUGGUCAAGCCUGCACCAUAGCUCUAGGGGCUCACUCUAGGAGUUCAGAUGAAUAAGUGAAGAUCACAAGAGAAUCCCGAAUUGAACUGACCCUACAAUAAUACUCGGUACGGUAGCUCUCGUCUUCUGAAGUAGGUUGUUUUAAUUACAGAUUUGAACCUGUCAAUGAUAUGGAGGAUGAUAUGCACAUUGACUUUCUUUCACCACUGGAUGAGCCUCGAAGAUCUAAUCGCAAUUGGACGACGUUCGAGACGAUUGCUCUUCUCCAAAUCUUGGCGAAGGAGCGUGCUGCAAAUCCAAUGAAAAUGAAAAAAGUGGCUUUUCUGGAUGACGUGUUGAGGCAAUUGCAUGCGUACGACUGCUUUGGCCGUGAUCGCAACCAAAUUAAAACCAAGAUCAGCAAGCUCAAACAGCAGUACAGAGAAAUGUGCGCCUCGUCAACAGACAUUACUUGCAAAUCAUUUUGACAAGAGGUUUGAAAUGAUGAAACUUGCGUUUGGCGAAGAAAUUUUACAGACUCUUGAAGAGGAACAAACGACAAUAAUGCUGGAAGAGGAAGAUGAGGCGGAUGAUGGUAAAGAUUCAAACUGGACUGCUGUGACUGACAUGGAAAAUGAUCCACAAGAUCAGUACUAUGCUGCCCAACCAACAGAUACCACUCACCAUGACAUUAAGACAGAUAGCACGGAGAAACCGAGCAGCUUCCCUAAUUUGGAUCAGAACUUUGAGAUGCAUGCUGCAUUUUUGAAAUUGGUCAAGGAAUGGUCGAUGCAGACAGCCGAGUUGACUCCUAUGAUCGCCUCAAUGGUGAACCAGCACACCAAGUGCUUUCAGGCCAAUGAAGACCUGUGCAAGCUCAAGAAAAGGAAGCUGGAACUAGAGGUCGAGGAAAAGGAGCUGACGAUAAAAAUACUGAGGACACAGCUUGCUGCCAAGUCGGGCCCCGUUCCUGUCGUUCCCAAUUCCCUUGCUGAUGGAAAACUCGCUAACGAAGCUACUAGAAAUUCUGCGCCGCGGCAAGGCGCUCAUCCUACUCAAAAGCUUGUCUCAAGCUCUCCCGCGAUCAGUGUUUCAAAUAUCAGGCAGGUGAAAAAUGUAUCUUUAUCAGGAAACCUGCUCGGUCAAGGCGUGCCAAAGAGCAGGUUAAUUUUGACUACAACCGAUGGCAAGAUCAUUGGUAUCUAUCCUUGUAACGACAAGUAUCCUGCAGAGAAAUUGAGAGUUAUCAAAAGUUGAAUUAAAUGACUAUCAGCUACUUCAAUUCAAAUCAAAGUAUCAAAAUAAAUACAUUUUUGCUAUUCCAGACAGAUCGAGUGUUUUGAACAAUAGUUAAAUUAAUAUAAAAUCGAUAGCUGAUUUUAUAUUUUUAUAUCUAUAUUCAGAAAUAAUUUGCAAGAUAUAAUAAAAAAUACCCGAGCCUGCGUAGCUAUUAAUCUCAUUAAAAUUAGAUGUGUACCAAUUUUUUUUCAUUUCUUUUAUUUUGAUAAUUUUGAAUCGGAGCAAUUUCUGACAAAAUGAUGAGUUUAAGUUUAGCUAGUUUAGCGUAGUUUAGUAGUUUUUGAACCACAAAAUGUACUAUGCAUUUUUGUUGUUCUGUUUUACGCACAUUAUGAGAUUGUAGAGGAUAGGUGAGCCACAUCCAACUUACAAUUAGUAAAUGAUGAUGUGUUUGGUGUUUCUGAGUUUAUAUUAUAAUUUAAUGCGACAACACAAUAUAAUAUGUUCAACAUUGUAACAUGUAUGAAUAUUUAUAUUAUAAUAUAUUUAUGUUGCUUCUCUUGAUAAAUGGAAUAAAU